GUUUAUGCAUAUCAACUUUGGCACAAAUCUAACAUCUACCUAAGACUCUACUAAUUACUUGUUCCAACAACUCAUGCCAAGCGCAAAAAUCUAUACCACUCAUGAUUUAGUUAAACUGUCACAUAAUCCUCAUGAAUUUUAUCGCCAUGAUACACAUGAUCAAAAAGGCUAUACCGCCACGAGACAAAAUUCACAUCAGGCUCUACCACCACAAGAAAAGACUACGCUAUAUUGUCAUGACCAUAACAAUCCAAGCAGGCUAUACCGCCAGGGAACAAGAUAGAACAAUAUCAAGCUAUACCGCCAUGGAUAAAAAUCCUAAAUCAGGCUCUACCGCCAUGGGACCACAAAACCCCAAUCAAGCUAUCCCGUCGUGGGAACAAGAUAGAACCAAAUCAGGUUAUAUUGUCAUGAAUAAAAAAAUUCAAAAUCAGACUCUACCGCCACAAACCCCCAAAUCAGGCUAUGACGCCAUGGGAACAUGAAAAGAAUGGCUAGUACACAAACCCCAAUCAAACACCAAACUUGGGAUCUAAUCCGAAGAUUACAUGGCCAGUACACAAUCCCUUGGGUAUUGUUUGGAAACUUUAAUCAGGUAUGGAGUUAUGAAGAAAAGAAUGAACAGAACCCACCAGAUAUACAAAAUAUGGAGGCUUUCCAAGCCAUUCUAGGUGAGUGCCACCUAGAAAAUCUUGGCUAUUAUGGGAAUAUUUUCACAUGGGACAAUAGUAGAGUAGAUGAAACAUUUAUGGAACAGAGGCUAGACAGGGCGAUGACGAAUGGAAGGAAUGGUUCCCUAAGGCUAGGGUCUACCAUCUUGAUAGAUGUGUAUUAGACCACCUACCAAUAAGAAUGGAGUUGAAUCUACGGCAUGAGAAGGUGAGAUGGAGUUGGCAUUUCAAGUUUGAGUCCUACUGGAAAAAUCACGAAGAAUGCAAACCUCUUUAUUGAAUCUAAGUGGAUGCGAGAUCCAGAUAAAACAUUAGAUGAGAGCCAAAAAGAAAAUGAUAGAAAGAACACUGCAAAGAUAACAAAGCAGAAAAAGGACAAGGUUGGGAUAUUCCAAUGUCGAGUUCUGGAAAAAGAAUUGAAUGAGGUGUUGUAUCAAGAAGAACAAAAAUGGAAACAAAGAGCAAGAACAGAUUUGCUGAAAUAAGGGGAUAGAAACACAGGUUUCUUCCACCAUAAGGCUUCUAACAGAACAAAAAGAGCCAUAGUCAAAUCAUUUCGGGGAGAAGAUGGAACUGAAGUGAAAGGACAUGAAAGAAGAGGUACUUUUUCAGUACUAAAUGAUCAACUCCUAGGGCUUUGAAACAAAAUUGGAAGAGUUUCAAGAAUCAGAACCAGAAGGUCCGCCCCCAUCGGAAUGGUGCCCCUCGAGGCAACCAAAUGGUCACGACCCAACCCUCUAAGAAUGACCCUUUGUUUCUCUGUUGUAACUGCUAGAAACCAGAUCAUAUGGGACAAAAGUGCAGGAACACGCCUAACAUUGUUGCUAGUGUUAACCUGAAGGAGGAGGACUUGGUGGACUGGCCAUGAUCAUAGAUAUGAUAGCUGAAGUUAACCUCACCGGUAACUCAGAAGGAUAGUGGCUAGAUAAUGGAUCCUUGAAGCAUGUCUGCAAUAACCGUGCUAUGUUCAAGAUGUAUAAUGAGGCGCAUGCUGAUAAGAAAGUGAUAUUGGGGAUGGCCUACACCACUAUGGUUGCUGGUUCUGGGGAGGUGGAGCUGAACUUUAUUUUAGGAAAGAUGAUUAUUCUGAAAGACGUCUUGCACACUCCAGAGAUAAGGAAGAAUCUUGUUUCGAUCUAUCUUUUGAAUAAGGCUGGAUUUACUCAAACUAUUGGGGCUGACUUGUAUACCCUCACUAAGAAUGGGAACUUUGUGGGAAAGGGUUAUACUUGUGAUGAGAUGUUUAAGUUGAAUAUCAAAAUCAAUAAGAUGAAUUUGUUUGUUUACAUGCUCUCUGAUUUUAAUGGGUUGCAUGCUCGUAUUUGUCAUGUGAACACACGAAUUAUGAAGAAUUCAUGCAUCUUAGGACACAUCCCUAGCCUCUUAACGAAUGAAUUUCAUAAAUGUGAUUUAUGUAGCCUAGCAAAGAUAACGAAAACGUCCUAUGAAUAUGUGGUUAGAGAAUCAGAACCCCUAGAUCUGAUUCAUUCUUAUAUUUGUGACCUAGAUGGGACGUUAACCAGGACUAGCAAGAGAUACUUUAUCACGUUCAUAGAUGAUCGCUCUGAUUAUUCCUUGGUUUAUUUGAUGAAAAUAAAAGUGAUGCCCUUGAUAUGUCUAAGGUAUUUUUGGUUGAAUUUUGAAAAUCAGUGCAACAAAAAUGUAAAACGACUUAGGAGUGAUAGAUGAUUAGAGUACUAAUCUGUUCAAGGAAUUCUAUAGCUCACAUGGUAUCAUUCCUGACCACGAAACCAUAUUCAAAUGAAAUGAAUGGUAAAUCUGAGCAAAAAUAUAUGACGUUUACAGAAUUAGUUGUGACUAUUAUGCUCAAUUCUGGAGCUGCUUGUUCUUGGUGGGGUUAUAUUUUGUUGACUGUGUGCGAUGUGCUUAAUCGUCUUCCUAAAAAUUAUAGAAAAAAUCACCAUAUGAGAUUUUGAAGAAUAGACCACUUAAUUGACCUAUUUAAGAACGUGAGGCUGUUUGGCCUACGUAAGAAAUUUGGAUCCUAAGAGGAUUAAGCUGGCUACUCGAGCAUAUAAGUGUGUCUUUGUUGGCUAUGCUGCCAAUAGCAACGCUAAUAGAUUCUAUGAUUUGAAUGAUUGUACUAUAAUAGAAUUCAAUGACGCUGACUUCUUUGAGACUCAAUUUCCAUUUAAAACGAGAAAUAUUGGAGAUAAUGUAAUGUCUCUAUUAGAGAUAACUGAAUUAUUGUGGGUGUUGGAUCUGAGUAUGUACUCAUAAGAAGUUAACGAGCUAAAAUCUCCAAAGAUUUUAGUGAAAACUUUACUACAAUAUACACCCUCGAAGAUCCUAAAAGUUUGCAGGAAGCGUUGUCUUCCAUAGACGCAGACUUGUGGGAUGAGGUUGUUAGAGAUGAAAUGGAUUCGUUGAAGGCACAUAAGACUUGGCAUCUUGUAGACUUACCUCCUAGCUGCAAGGUCUGAUGUAAUAAAUGGGUUCUAAAAAUGAAACCGAGACCUGAUGUUACAGUUGAUAGGUUCAGAGCUCGCCUAGUAGUUAAAGGUACAAGCAGAGAGAGAAUGUCGAUUUCUUCGAUACCCAUUACACCAAAUGGAUGUUAAAACUGCUUUCUGAAUGUUGAUUUGGACGCAGAAAUUUACAUGGAGCAACUUGAAGGGUUUUUUUGUUCCUGAACGUGCCUCAAUAGUCUGUAAGUUAGAAAAAUCAUUGUGUGAUUUGAAACAGGCUCCAAAACAGUGGCAUGAGAAGUUUGACAAACUAGUUCUCGCACAUGACUUUAAGGUGAAUGAAAGUGACAAGUGUAUUUACUACAAAUUAGAAAAUAAGACUUGCACUAUCAUAUGUUUGUAUGUGGAUGACAUGUUAAUGUUUGGUUCAAAUAUUCACAUGGUCAGUAAAGGAAAAGCCAUGUUGAGAGAGAACUUUGAGGUGAAAGAUUUGGGCGAAGCUAAGUUUAUGCUUGAAAUCCAGAUAACUAGAACAACAAAUGGGUUUUCUCUAGAUCAAUCUGGUUACAUAGAGAAGAUCUUGAAGAGAUACAACUAUUUUGACUAUAACCAUGUGUGUACUCCGUAUGAUACUAGUGUAAAGCUACUCAAGAACACUGGAGACAAUGUAAGGCAGUCUGAAUAUGCUAGCAUCAUUGGUAGUCUUCGUUAUGCUGCAGAUUACACUCGACCAGACAUUGCAUAUGUCAUGGGAUUGCUUGGCAUGUUUAAUAGUUGUUGUAGUACAAAGUAAUGGAAUGCUAUUGAGAGGGUCAAAAGAAACUUCGAGAGAACAACAAACCUUGGUAUACACUAUCAAGGGUUUCCUACUGUACUAGAAGGGUAUAGUGAUGUGAAUAGGAAUACCCUAUUAGACGACUCCAAGGCAACCAGUGUGUAGAUUUUUAACAUCUCUAGAUGAGUUGUGUUGGAAGUCUAAGAAACAAUCAAUCUUAUCUCAAUCAAUUAUGGAAUCAGAGAUGAUAGUACUAACAACGACUAGUGAAGAAGCGAGUUGGUUGAGAGGAUUAUUGUCGGAGAUUCCCUUAUGGGAAAGACCGGUCCCUCAUGUAUUGAUCCAUUGUGAUAGAAUCGCAGCUAUCGCUAAAGUUGAGAAAGGAUACUAUAAUGGAAAUAGAUGACAGAUUCGUCGUAAACACAGUACAGUAAGAGAACUCCUAAUGGUAGGAUCAGUGAGGGUGGAUCUUGUAAGAUCCCAACAUAAUCUAGCUGGUCCUCUGAUGAAAGGACUAGCUAGAGAGAAAGUCCAAAAUACCUCCAAGGGUAUAAUACUUAUGCCUACCGAACCACGGACUACAAAUGAUGGUAACUCGACCCAAUAGACUAGAGAUCCCAAUAAAUGAGUUCAAUGGGUAAUAACAAGUCAUGAGUAGUAUGUAAAAAUUUCAUGCAUAGUGAAGCAUCAAUCCUAAAGUAAUGAAGGUUGAGUUAAACCUCUUAAUGAGUACCCCAUGCGGGGUGAAGUACUUUACUUUGGGGGUACUUUUGAUAGACUCAUCUGUGUGAAUGUGGGAUUGGGGCCGCUACCUGUGGAACUUUGGAGGCACAAAGUUGCUAGAGCGUUCACUAAACCGGGAUAACGUGUAGAGCCAUAAACACACGGGGUAAGAGAGAAUUUCACUCAAUGAAAGAUCUCGUGUGCUACAAUGUUCGAAUAUAGUUCAAGACUAUGAGUCACUCUUAUGAAAUCAGAAGUGUAACCACUACGCUAAGGUUCAACUCGAGAGAGACUUUAGUUUAUGCUCGAUCUUAUGGAUAUGUUGAUUCUCAUAGAUAGUUUCAGAACUAUUCAAGCGGAGGAUUGUUGGGAAUGAAAGGCUUGAAUAGCUUUGAAAGGGUCUCAAAUAUAGAAUACCACAUUGGUGGGAGAAGUCCUACCAGAGGGGUAUAAGGGUAUGACUCACGCUCUCCUAAGGGCAUCUCGCUUGGGGUGACCCACUUUUGUGGGAGAGGGAGGACCUAAAUGACCACUAUACACACGCGUGCGGUACGUCUGUCCAGUCGGUUGGUCGAGUGGAUGGUUCGGUUCAGACUAAUUCUUUUUGGAGAAAAUUUUAACUUAAUUAUUCCUUAUGCUUAACGAAAAGGAUAAUUAAUCGAAAAGGAUUAUUCGAGAGAUAAUUCCUUAGCAUACGCGUUUUAAUUAAGGAGAUAUUUAUCUCUUAAUUAAAUCGUGACUUAUUC